AUGCCCAAGUUCGACCCCGCCGUCUCGCUCGGGCCCUGGAAAGGCGGGCAAGAGUUCGGGACGGUACUCUCCUAUCUCCAAGCAACUCGACUCAGCGAGCCACUCAGAAUCCAUCCUCUGCUGGAAUGUCUCACCUGGGACCCAAAACCAUAUGGUAAAUACCUUUCCUGGAAUGUGGUCGAGUUCCCCGAUAUGGCUUGUAUCUAUAUUGACUAUGACGACACGGCGACUGUGAGUCGGACCGAUCUGGUGGUACUCUGCCAAGAUAGCAUCCUGACGAGCAGAUUGGUGAAAGAGCGCUUUCAGCCUGCGACUUGGCCCAAAGUGGAGGAACUUCACCUCUUACACGACAUCACUGGAUGGACAGUCCGAGUACGGAACAGGCUCGGCGUGAAUCUGACCGACGUCCUCGAAGGGAUCUUUGAGUUCUUUGCGAGCCCACUCUACGUCGACGAGCUAGGAGAGAUGCAUCCCAGGGAACAGCAGUACUUUGAAAAGCGCUCACUUGGCUUCAUCGACGCUUUUGAAGGCUAUCGCAAGUCCGACGCCCUACUCGGCCAGACCUACUUCAAUGGUAUCAAGCGGGAUCCCGACCUCGUCGAGCGCAGGCUCAACUACAGAGCAUCCAACGUACACCAGGCGGGUUGUUUAUCGGCGAGUCGGGUCUGGUCAACUGGGACCGAUCGCUCGUGUUUGUUUACCAAAGAAUUGACGGAGCGUCGCGAGGCUGGACGCUGGUCUGAAGCUGUAGAUCUCACUCGACACCGGGCCAGGAAGAUCUACGGUCGCUCACUCGCGCUUCAGCAAAGAUGCCGACGCUCCAUACUCCUCACACUCGACCUAAAGCAGUCACUGCCUCUCACCAAGCAGUACGCACACCGCACGAUGGACACGACGGACGAUGUGCACCAAGUACUGCCCAUCGAAUACACGACUGCCCCGCUGACGCUGGUGUUCGCCGGCGUGGGGCUUUUGUUCUCGCUGCUGGUGAUCUUCAGAGUCGCAUGGGCGGACAAGGAAGAGGAGGACGUACAUGGGAAGCAGGGGAGGCGGAUGCGGAAGAUACUGGUCAUAUGCCUCUUGUGCUCCGACUUUGUCAUUGCGCUCGGCUCGGUCGGACCAGCAGCUAUGAUUAUCCGCGGCCUCUCACUUGCCGGUCCACAAUGCAAUGCAUCCGGCAUGACCCUCGCCCUGGGCUUAUGGUGGCAAUACGCCUUCUCCCUCCUCAUCGCACUCACGACCUACCUCUCCCUCCGACAUCCCCUCUCGCGCCUCAAGCGGCUGAUCGACACCCACCCCUUCCCCCUCGUCGCGCUCGUACUCGUCGUCGGUAUCGUACAGGCCAUCCUCUGGAAAGUGCUGAAGGGGUACGACGGAUCCCACGGAUUCUGCUUCUACGGCCGUCCCUCUGAUCUCGGCUCGGAACUCAUGCAAUUUCUCCCCCGCCUGGUCGCCAGUCUGGGCAUCACCGCCAUCUACAUCCCCCUCAUCGGCUUCCUCAGGCGGCCAGAUACAGGCUCGGCGUACCUCGGCACCUCGACGACCGGCGGGCGGAGUAGGGAGGCGACGCCAUGUCGGUCCUUCGAUGGCGGCGACGGCGGGCCGGAGGAUGACGUGCCGCCAUGGGAGAAACUCAGCUUUCCGACGUAUACGUGGGACGACAAGAUCAAGGGGAUCCGCGUAGAUGGGGACGGACAAGGCGCAAAGAGAGGGAGCAAGCUCUUUGGCGGGAUGGGGGUGAGCGUAUCGAUGAAGACCGACCUGCUAUCCUCGCCAGCUGGGACGCUCAGAACAUUCUCCUCCCGACAUGGCCUGCUCGAGAGUCAGUCAUCCGUCCACUUUGAUCUCCCGUCCGCUCCCCAACCCGCCCUCGUAUUGCAGAAGAUCGGCAACACAUCCCCACCCCUCGACACUCUCAACCCCCUCAGCGGCAGCUUCCAACCUCCCCGCCCCAUACGCCCCUCUCGACCAUCUACCGCGCCUGCUACCCUAGCGCCCAACGCCCAGCCCCGUGCGCUCUCUCGGAUCCGUAACGCCCACUCCCCCACCCCCUCCAUCUGCACUCUCGCUAGCAUCUCCGACCUCGCACCGACACCUACCACGCUGGAACCAGCGGGUCCAGACGAGCCCCGCGUUUCCUUCCUCAACAUGAUCGCCUACACCCCUCCCACGCCCGAUGCGAGCCAGCAGCACCGCCGUACCCGGAGCAGAAGCAGCACGCUCGUCGAGAUGGUCGAAGGGCGAUUGGGGGUCCAGCGGACGCGAAGCCGGAGUCGGAGUGCCUCGCCAGAAGUGGAAGAGGGGAAAAAGGAGGAAGUGGUCGAGCCGCAAGAGACGAUGGCGAGUUAUAUGCGGCGAAGGACGAGCUAUUAUCUCUGGUGUUUCCCCUUGACUCAUUUCAUCCUCUGCAUAAUCACAAUCUCCCGCUUCAUCUACUUUGGCGUUCGACGCGUGGACGAUAUGACAGUCGACGUCCUCACUCUCGCGGUGGUCAUCGGCCAGGGUCUGGCGGACAUCAUCAUCUUCGGACUGGUGGAACAUCGAACGCGUCAGAGCUACAAGCGGGAGGUCGCAGCGUGUAUGGCACCGAGGGGAGUGGCGGAGGAGGAAGAGGGGGUGGAGACGCUGCCGACGCCGGUCAUGGAGGCGCCGCUGAACCGGAUCGCAUAA